UUUGCACUUGCAAAUGUCACUGAAUACAUUUUGCACAGGAUUUUAAAAGGUUCUUUUACAAGCACUAUUUUUAACAGCUAAAUCCGCCCCCCAAAAACAGAAGGGAAAAAGCCCUAGGUAUUUUUCUGUGAUCGAUCUCAGUUUAUGAUCAGCUGAAGCAUCUCUCACAAUAUUUCUGAAGCUGGUUUUGUUUUAUGUUUUUAUCACUGAAGUUGAGAUUUUUGGAGGUGGUGUGGCUUUUUGGGAGUUUUUUUUUUAAUUAUUUUUUUUCUUUUUUCCUACUGGCAUGAGAAAAUUUGAGAAUUUAAUUGCAGUAGAAUACUUGGAAACAGUGAGGCUGGAAGCUUGAAAGGUAGAGGGAAGAGAAGGAAGGCUCUCACAGCAGAGCAUGGAUAGGAAAGGAGCUGUGAUUCUGCAGUGCUCAGUGUGCACAUGUUUUAUGAGAUCAGUGCCGGGCGCUGCAGCUGCGGACAGUAACUGAGCUGUCUGGCUAAUGAAGGCCACCUGGAUCAGGCUUCUGAAAAGAGCCAAAGGAGGACGUCUGAAGAAUUCUGAUAUCUGUGGUUCGGCGGACUCCUACACCAGCCGUCCAUCUGAUUCAGAUGUAUCUCUGGAAGAAGACAGGGAAGCAGUGCGGAGAGAGGCAGAGCGACAGGCCCAGGCACAGCUGGAAAAAGCCAAGUCAAAACCUGUUGCAUUUGCAGUUCGGACAAAUGUUGGGUACAGUGCAGCUCAUGAAGAUGAUGUUCCAGUCCCUGGCAUGGCCAUCUCAUUUGAGGCUAAAGAUUUUCUUCAUGUUAAAGAAAAAUUUAAUAAUGACUGGUGGAUAGGACGAUUGGUAAAAGAAGGCUGUGAAAUAGGAUUCAUACCAAGCCCAGUCAAGCUAGAAAACAUGAGGCUGCAGCAUGAACAAAAGGCAAAACAAGGAAAAUUCUACUCCAGUAAAUCAGGAGGAAACUCUUCAUCCAGUUUGGGUGACAUCGUUCCUAGUUCCAGAAAAUCGACGCCUCCAUCAUCUGCUGUAGACAUAGAUGCCACUGGCUUAGAUGCAGAAGAAAAUGAUAUUCCAGCAAACCAUCGCUCCCCCAAACCCAGUGCAAACAGUGUAACAUCACCCCACUCCAAAGAGAAAAGAAUGCCCUUCUUUAAGAAGACAGAGCACAUCCCUCCCUAUGAUGUAGUGCCUUCUAUGCGACCAGUAGUUUUAGUGGGGCCUUCUCUGAAGGGAUAUGAGGUAACCGAUAUGAUGCAAAAAGCAUUAUUUGAUUUUUUAAAACAUAGAUUCGAAGGGCGUAUAUCAAUUACACGAGUCACAGCAGACAUCUCGCUUGCCAAACGCUCAGUAUUAAACAAUCCCAGUAAGCAUGCGAUAAUAGAGAGAUCUAACACCAGAUCGAGCCUAGCUGAAGUUCAAAGUGAAAUUGAACGGAUUUUUGAAUUAGCCAGGACACUGCAGUUGGUAGUGCUUGAUGCUGAUACCAUUAACCACCCAGCUCAACUGAGCAAAACCUCUCUGGCUCCCAUUAUAGUAUAUGUAAAGAUUUCUUCUCCUAAGGUUUUACAGAGGUUGAUAAAAUCUCGAGGGAAGUCUCAGGCCAAACACCUUAAUGUUCAGAUGGUGGCAGCUGAUAAACUGGCACAGUGUCCUCCUGAAAUGUUUGAUGUAAUUCUUGAUGAGAACCAGCUUGAAGAUGCUUGUGAGCACCUUGCUGACUAUCUGGAAGCCUACUGGAAGGCCACACAUCCACCGAGCAGCAAUCCUCCUAACCAGCUUCUCACUCGCACACUUGCAACAGCCACUCUUCCUAUUAGCCCAGGUCCAAAUAUUAAUUUACAGGGAUCUCAAGGAGACCAGAGGAGUGACCAUUCGGUCCCUGAGCGCAGCAGUUCCCACAUUGAAGAGGAAGCACGGGUCGAGCCCAUCAAGAAAUCCCAGCACCGCUCUUCCUCCAGCCAACACCACAACCAUCGCAGUGGUGUCAGAGGCCUUCACAGGCAAGAAACUUUUGACUCAGAAACACAAGACAGCAGAGAUUCUGCUUACGUAGAGCCAAAGGAGGACUACUCACAUGAGCAUGGCGACCACUAUGAUUCUCACAGGGAUCAUAAUCACAGAGACGAGUCCCACGGGAUCAGUGAACACAGACACAGAGAAUCCCGGCAUCGCUCAAGGGAGAGGGACCGCGAGCAGGACCACAAUGAAUGCAACAAGCAGCGCAGUCGUCAUAAAUCACGGGACCAAUAUUGUGACAAGGAUGGGGAAGUGAUAUCGAAAAAACGUAAUGAUGCAGGAGAGUGGAACAGGGAUGUUUACAUCCGUCAGUAACUCUUGCCUCUGCCAGUCUUGUGUUUCUUUGAAGUCUUGUAACAAUGCCCUUUGAAAAUAUCUUGGGUUCUUCUUUGCAGAACAUAUGGUAUCCUUCUGUAUGCUGAUUUGUAUUGCUGUUGCUUGCAUAGCAAUAGCAUGAAAUAGAUUAUUCAUAUACUUAUUUUUUUUG